AUGUCCGUCCUUCCAACCAUCGCCUACUUAUUCGGUCUCGUCAAACGGCUUUUGACCGACCCUCAAUUAUUCUGGGCACUUGCUGGUCUUGUCAUCUUAGGAGAUGUCGUCCUCACACAACUCAUCAUCCGCUUCAUACCCUACACCGAAAUCGACUGGGAGACUUACAUGUACCAAGUAGAGCUGUACAUGAAAGGCGAAGAUGACUACUCAAAAAUCAUAGGCCCCACCGGUCCAUUGGUAUACCCUGCAGGACAUGUCCACCUACAUCAGUUCCUGCAUUGGCUGACGGGCGCGGGAAAGAACCUGCCACUCGCACAACAACUGUACGGUGCCCUGUAUAUUGCUUCGCUUGCACUCUCUUGUGCCAUCUACGGAAAAGCUGGAGGCGCUCCGAACUGGAUCAUCCUACUCCUACCAUUGAGCAAGCGGCUACACUCAAUAUUCGCUCUGCGCCUAUUCAACGAUUGCUGGGCCGUUGUGGCCGCACAGCUCGCUAUAUUGCUCUAUGGUAGAGGCGCAGACGACAUUGCCAAUUUGGUUUUCAGCGUUGCGCUCUCCAUCAAAAUGUCUGCAUUUCUAUACCUCCCCGGUAUUCUUGUCGUCCUGUUCAAGCGUCACGGUUUAUUAUAUACCCUUCGCCACCUCCUUGCAAUUGGUCUUGUUCAAGCCUGGCUCGCUACACCUUUCCUUCGCCAUCAUCCGUGGCCCUAUAUCCAAAAUGCGUUCGAUCUGUCGCGGGUCUUUCUAUACAAAUGGACGGUCAACUGGCGAUUCCUUGAUGAACAGACAUUCCUCAGUCCACGACUUGCGAAGGGACUCCUAUUUGGCCACGUCCUCACAUUGAUCAUGUUCGGGCUCGUGAAGUGGUGUAGACGCGAUGGAGGCACAAUCACUGUCAUCAAGAAUGGCUUGAGGAGACCGGGACAGCCUGGCGGUACGGUUCCGAUGUCCGCUGACAAUGUCACAACCAUUCUUUUGACCUCUAACCUCAUUGGCAUUCUAUUUGCGCGCUCCCUACACUAUCAGUUCUACUCGUGGUACGCACACCAAAUACCCUUUAUUGCAUGGAGGACGAAGUAUCCGGUUGCCGUAAAGUUGGUUCUACUUGGUGCCAUAGAGUACGCGUGGAACGUGUUCCCUUCUACAAACCUUUCCUCUGGAAUGCUCUGUGCAGCGAACGCUGCCCUGGUGGUCGGAGUCUGGUUUGGUUAUCCAGAGGGUAAAGUAGCCACACACGUCGAUAAACAGGAAUGA